CUGGUAGACGGAUCCUCUGGUUGUUUGGGAUAAUAUCUGAGGAGACUACUGCUGCUUUAUAAGAGCAGUAUUGCCUUGUGUUCACAGCCAGUUCAUUCAUCUACUGUUCGCUGGUGUGGACCUCAUGAGGAUGUGUUUGCUGUGACGAGGGUGUGACUGCUGCCAAGGUGUUGUGGCGGAGGUGAUGAUAGUACUGUUGACGGGGACUGCAGUAGGAUGGAGGAGGAGGGCAGUGUGCAGUUUAUACAACAGAAAAACAAUGUUCCCACCUGCUGUACAUUCCAUCCAAAGGAUCGAUAUGCAUUCGCAUUUGGUGGAAGUGAAGGAGAGAUAACAUUAGUCAAUGCUCUGCGAGGGGAGAUAGUGCGUUCAGUUCCACUUGGCUCUCUUAGUCUUGCACGAGCCAUCAACGCUCUCAAUUUCACUCCAGACGGCUCUAAGGCCAUCACUACCUCUGUGUCUCGGAAGGUGAACAUUGUGGAUAUCGAACGAGGGACCCCAGUACUAGCGUAUGAUAACUGUGCAAGUCCUAUUGAUGUUCGGCAGCCACUUGUCGUGCACCCAUCUCUACCGUACUUGGUAGCCUGCACCACGGUCAAUGCUCGAGGCAUCACACUUCUUGAUCUCAGGAUGCCACUUCCAUUUGAUUUCAUCUAUGAUUUGCAUGAGGACAGCAUUAAUGACAUGUGCUUCCUAGAUGGCUCAUGGCCUUGGGGGUCUGGAAAAGCUGUCCUGGUAUCUGGGUCAGCUUUAGGAGAGGUGAAGGUGAACAGCGUUGAUGGACGUCCAAUAUGUUCCUUCACUGCCCAGCCUCCCAUUACCUGCUUGUACCCCUCCCCAGAGAGCUACAAUACCUCAGUCUCCAGUGGAUAUCCCAGUGUGAUGAUGGCCAGCACAGGCGAAGGGCUGGUGUGUUGGUGUGUUGGAGAGCGGCCAUGGAAGUGGGAGAUCCAAAAAGUAAACCCUGGCCGGGUGACCCGCAUGAAGUACACUGUCAGUGGUGGUGUGCUCUACACUGCUCAAGGCAAGACUGUGUACAGGUAUCGUCGUUAUCCUGAGCGCCAUCAGGUUAUUGGGCAAGUGUUCAGUCACACAGCGCCAAUAUUGGAUCUGGACUUGUCCCCCUACAAUGAAUAUCUCAUUACUGCGGGGAAAGACAACAUGGUCGGUCUUCUUCAUCUAGGGGCUCCAAAUCAUGGCUGGACGCAACGAUAUGAAUUUACUUGAGGAAUUCACCAUCAUACAUGGGCUGUAUUUCAGUGAAAUUAUUCAUUGAUUUUUUACUUUUAAAUCCUCUUCCUGGUGUAGACGGCUGAAAACAAAAGCAUUACCGUCACAAAUUUUCACUUUAUUCAUUCUUACUGUUGUUAAAGAUUGUUGUCCUGUGUUACUCCCCUUUUACAAGGACCCAAAUCUGAUUUACCCCGUCACCUCCCACAUGCCAGCAUCACCCAUCAGCAACCCACCUCUUCUCUAAAUUCACUUGAUACCUCAAUCUCUGCACCUUAAUGUACGUACAUUGUUGCUUCAUGGCUGCCCAUUCCCCGUACUACUAGUGAACUGUAUCUCCUUAUCCUUCCAUCUCCUGUGUCUCAUACACUCUUAACUAUUUUUUUUUAUUAUCCAUUCUCUCAUUAUACGACACAUACCACCUGAGCAGAUAACUGGUCUGCUCUCUAACCAACAUUUCUCUUGCUCUCACAUCUCUUUAUUUCAGUACAGUGUUACUUAAUAUGCAUUUCCUAUUUACUCCACAAGUUACUCUCUGGUAUGUCCUUUCUCUUCCUUCGAAUUUCCUUCCUCCUUCACUUACAUUUCUCUCAAUUAUCAUAUUUAUCAGAAGUUGUUCAAAGUAUUCCCCUUAUAUUUAUUUUUUCCUUCCAAUACAUUCACUCUUUCAUUCUUAACUGCUCUUCUCACUAGAUUUUUUUUAUGUUGCAACAAACUUUUAUCUGAUAAAUAAUUCAUCUGCUCUUUAUUUACAUACUUUCAUCAUUUUCUUCACUUUCUAUCUGUUCUCCUAUCGCCCUUCCUUCCUUCCUUUAUUCUUUCAGGUAACUAUGGGUCAUGUGUGCCCUUCUCUUCUCGUCCCACCAUUCCCCCCUUUUUCUUCCUCUCUUUAUUUGUAGCCACUGUAUCUACACACUUUAGCUACAUCCUUUGUGUCUUUUCUGUUCCUAUUUUUCUUCAUUUCUGGUGCCUUUACCUCCAUUCUGUUUCUUAAGCUUUUGACUUUUGUAACCUUUUUCUUACCUCUAUGAAUAUCUCAGGCUCAAUCUUCUUUAUACUGCACUGCUAAUCAACCUUCUCUCAGAACAGGUUUCUAUCAGUCUCUCUUUAUUUCUAUUCAUCCCUGAUCUUGCAUAUAAAUUCCCUGUUAGUAUCACUAGUGCAUUACAUUAAAGCUUUUCAUGUCUUACCAGAUUCAUUCUCUCUCUCUCCUUUUGCUCGUCACAUUCUGUGGUACUUAUUAUUUACUCGCUAUAAUCCAAUUUUCUUUCCUCUUAACCUGACCCGUAAUAUUCUGGGAGUGACCAGCUUAUAUUUCAUCACGUAUUAUCUUAUUUCAUCUCUCAACAACAAUUCUAUCCCUUUUUUUUUGCUUUUAUUAUCUCAGAUCAUCAUCAUUCAAUUCUUAUCACUUGUUCUUUGCUCACCUCUCCUUACCAGUCUUUUUUUUU